CAGAUGUGUGGGGCUCAGUGGUCUCAGUAGGGGUAGGGAAGGAGGAAUAGCACUUUGCAGGGAAGUGGGCCUUGGGCCUUUGUGGCCUCUGCUUGAAGAGAUUCAUCUGCCUGUGCCUCUUACUCUAGCCUAGCUCUCCCUGUGCAGGGAGCUGAGACUAGGGAAGGCACCCACUGGACUAGCACCCAGGGGCUGGGGGAGCUAGAGAAGGAAUGGGCACUGAGGCACAUUUGGCCAGGAGGGGCAGGAAAAGGAGCCGUUCUUCGAGUCAUCUUAGAGGGCUUCCGAGGAGUAGAAAGUAGUGAAACUGUGGUCUUGAGUCUGCAGCAGUUCAGCUCUGGGUCUGAGACAGGAGCUGCAGGCGGAGGGAGCUGUCCCGCAAGGCUUGGAGCUUGAAGGAGCUGCUGCAUAGAGGAUUAGGAGGUGCGGUGGCAGCCGAUGAGCCCAGGGCUACCUGCCUAGGUCUGUGCUGUCCAGUAUGGGUGCCAGGAGCUGCCUGCUACAGUGGCUACUUGAACUGGUUAAAAUUCAAGAAAACUUCACAUGGAGCUCCUUGGUCAUGUUAAGCAUUCUUCAAGUGCUCAGGAGCCGCACAUGGCUAGGAGCUGUGGUGUAGAGGAGCUGCUCCAUCAGCCCAGGAAGUCUUCUGGGCCAAAGGGGAUUCAUGGCCCGCUGUGUGUAUGUGUGUGGGGGGUGUUGCUCAAGGACUCUUGGGAGGGAGCAGCUCAGACUGGGCUGGCUGCCUGUGAAGUCUCCGGACUGUAGGCCACCUUCGGGUCCCCAGAAGUGUGAGGCAGUGUGACUCACCUCCUGCCAGCACGGAGUGGACUCUGACGCCAGGGACAGCAGCCAACCAGGCAGGGCCUCUUCAGCCCAACUCGGGAUCUCUGUUCACUGUGACGGAGCCAGGGGCAGAGAAACAUGGAGUCCAAUGCAGUUGAGCUGAUGAGGAUGAACUAUGCCAUGAAGUCCCUCAGCCUUCUCUAUCCCAGGUCCCUGGGCAGGCACAUGGCAGUGAGCACCCAGGCAGUGGUGACCCAGCAGCUGCUGUCUGAGGCCGGUCCCGAGACCCCCAGGGCACGGCCCUGCCGAGUGAGCACCGCAGAUCGGAGUGUGCGCAAGGGCGUCAUGGCAUGCAGCCUGGAGGAUCUCCUCCGCAAGGUGCGGGACAUCUUGAUGCUGAAAGACAAGCCCUUCUCCCUGGUGCUGGAAGAAGACGGCACAGCUGUAGAAACAGAGGAGUAUUUCCAAGCCCUGGACGGGAACACAGUGUUCAUGGUCCUCCAGAAGGGGCAAAAAUGGCAGCCCCCAUCAGAACAGGGAACUAGGUACCAACUGUCCCUCUCUGACAAGCCCUCCAAGAAGAUUGAUGUGGCCCGCAUCACCUUUGACCUGUACAAACUUAGCCCAAAGGACUUCAUCGGCUGUCUGAACGUGAAGGCAACCCUCUACAACACGUACUCCCUGUCCUAUGAGCUGCACUGCUACAGGGCCAAGCGCAUUGUAAAGGAAGUACUCUGCUGGAUCCUCUUUGGCAUGAGGGCCACGGGCCACAUGCUGCUCGGCACCUCCAGCUACAUGCAGCAGCUCCUGGAUGCCACUGAAGAGGGGCAGCCCGCCCAGGCCCAGGCCUCCUCCCUUCUCCAGACCUGCCUGAAGAUUCUGCCAUGAGGCCUGGAGCCCUCAAGGGCUUCCUCAGCCUGGAAUCUGUGCAACCCCAGCGGCUGGAGAGCUUCUCACCUCCCUGCAUCACCUUUACAGCACAGGAGCACGCACUAGGCAGAAGGAGGGCCGGGAAGCUACCCCACCUGUCCUAUGAGAGGGUCAGGCUCCUGGCCUGAGCUGCUCCUUCAUGCCCCAGGAAACUUAGCGGACCACAACAGUGACCCAGCAGGGGCCUUGCGGUCUCCCCUCAGCCGUGUGUCCUCACGCUCCACCCCUCCCUCCCGGAAUACUCCUGUGUGCAUCACCAAGCCCGCUGCUGCUCCAUGUCCCAGUUUGCAAUACACAAUCUGUGUGACACAUCUC